UCACCACUGCAAACUUCUAGCUCGCCGACAGCACCUCUUCAAAGCACACCAUGGCUACCCUCCUUUUCAGCUUUGGCGGCUUGUUCCAAGUCUCCGUCCUCCUCAUCAACUCCCUCGCUGUCCUCUCCGAAGACCGCUUUCUUGCACGCAUUGGCUGGGGCACAUCCCAACAAUCCGAGCCCUCCUUCGGCAGCGGCGGCAUGCAAGAUCCCACCUCCCUGAGCGCCAAAUUCGCCAACUUGAUCAACUCCGUUCGCACUCUCAUGCGAAUCCCAUUGAUCUUCCUCAACAUAAUGAUCAUCAUCUGGGCCGUGGCCUUCGGUUGAGGAGGAACAACUCAAACCUCGAGAGCAGAGAUAUAUAAAAGAAAACACAGCAUCUGCAAUAUGAAGUCGUGGUUCUGAGGACAAAUCCGAUCAGAUUUUUAUGACAUGAUGCGGAAUAUCGGCGAAAGAGAGGCCGGUGAAUUGCAGGGACAAGAUGGGGAGCAGGACAGCAAGCACGGAUGCAUGGUACUCACCAUGUGACAAGCCGGCAGGAUAACCG